AAUAGAUAUGCAGCAUAUCGAAUCAAAUCAAUCUUAUAUAACUUUUUGCUUAUAGAAAAAAGAAGAAGAAAAUCUAGCGGCAUGGGUAGAAGUAUUUUAGUUUUCUCUGUCGUUGUUGUUUUUCUCUUCUCUGUUGCAUAUGCAACUCCCGGAAUCGCAACUUUCUACACAACUUACACUCCAUCGGCAUGUUACGGAGGUACACAAGAAGGAGUGAUGAUAGCUGCUGCGAGUGACACAUUGUGGGACAAUGGACGAGUUUGUGGCAAAUAUUUCACCGUGAAAUGCACCGGAGCUCGUAACCCCGUGCCUCAUCCCUGCACCGGAAAAUCCGUUACGGUUAAAGUUGUUGACCAUUGUGCCGGUGGCUGUGCUUCUACUCUCGAUCUCUCCGGUGAAGCUUUUGCUCAGAUCGCUAAUCCUGUCGCUGGGAUUAUUAACAUUGAGUAUAUUGAACAUUGAUUACUAUACUACCUACGUAAUAAUUCUAUCAAACUUUUUAUCAUCUAUAUAUUGUUGGUUUACUUAACGUCAAUGGAGUUUCCAGGAAAUAAUGAUUCACGAAUCUAGAAACCCCCAAUAAAAAAAUGUAUACGCGCAUAUUACAAGAUUGUAAUAGUAUUUCACAAUAAUGAAUAAAACUCUCGUGAUUUCUAAACAAAAGAAGAUUGUAUAUUUACAUAUAUUUAUAGAUUGAAUCAUAUGGUUAUAAAAAUGGACAAGU